UAGACUCGUUCUGAAUUUUCUCUCCGCUUCCCUGACUCCCCUGCAGGGUUCGCGGCAGCCGAGGCGGGAGGAGCCGCGCCCAGUCUGCCCUCCCCACCGCCCCCGCGCGCGGGCGUUCUGGCUCCCAGCGCUGCCAUGGGGCUGUGGGGUGGCGCCGCGGAGGAGGGGGGCAGCCCCCCGGUGCUAUUGUUCUGAGGGGCCAACAUGGCGGGGGCCCGGCUCUGCCCCCGGGAGGCCCUGGCAGGGCGGCUGUCCGCCCUGACCGCCGCCCGGCGUGAGGCGAGGUAGAGCCGCUACCCUGCCCUCGGCCCCGCACUGGGGGGAUGAACAACGGAGUCCUGGCUGGACGCGGCCCGCAGCCCCUCAGCGUGGGGACGGACGGACGGACGGACGGGGGGGAAGAGGGGUAGUUAGGACAGGACCCGCUGCCUGUCAGGAAGGGGUGAGGGGGCGGGUCUGGGCAGGACCUGCUGUGCCCCUUGGAGUCAGGACCUGACCUACUGUACCCCUUGUGGGGGGUAAGAGAUUAAGGGUUCAGGUUAAGACCCAUGGGGAGAUGGAAGAGUGGGUAUCAAGCCUAGAUCCCACUGCCUUCUUCCUUUUGAAGCGGAAGGCUUUUGCUGUGUUUAUCCAUGAGACGUUUACAGGCCCAUUCAUCAUUGUUUGACAUUUCCCUCUUCAAAUUGUGUCCGUAGAGUUGGUGACACAGCCCCUGGGAUGAGUGCAUAUAAACAGGCUACCCUGUAAUGGAAGAAAAUGGAGUUGACCAUGACGUCAGCAUGGAAACAUCUAAUGACUUACUGGUAGUCAACUGUAAUAGUACAGGAGAGUCAGAAACAGAUGACCAAGUGUUUCAGCAUCUAACCUGCAUGGAUUCCAGGGAUCCAUCAUUUGAACAGAAUGACUCUCCAGCAGUGUUGCCCAUCACAGUACAUGUUUCAGACAAUUCAUCUGUGUCAUCGAAUACACCAGUGCAGCUAUCCCAGGCUCAACCUCUUUCCACAGAAGAGUUCCAUCUGGUAGACCAGAAUGGCCAGCCUCUGUAUGAACUACAGUCACUAGGGGAUUCCAGUACACAGAUGAUGAUUGUUGCCAGCCAGUCAGAACAUGGACCGGUGCUACAUGUAAUUCCUUCGACCCAGCCAGGAAUGGCACAAGUGAUUAUUCCUCAAGGACAACUUCUGGAUGUCACCAGUACGCAGGGUGUUUCAGAAGAGAAACGCAGUGACGGGAACUUGCAGACAGUAGCAGUGGCUGCUAUCGCAGACAGUACAAGUAGUUACAUACUUCAUCCCCAAGCGUCUCUAACAGUGUCCAAAAAGACAACAAGCAGGAUAGUGGAAGAUCUUUUUCCUGUCCCUCUCCAGCCGCUGCCCCCAAACACUCCUACGUGGGCCCGUCGUCUCAGGAACUGCGAGAAAAUUGGGGACUCGUACCGCGGCUAUUGUGUGAGCGAGACAGAAUUAGAGAGUGUUCUAACGCUACACAAGCAGCAAACACAAAGUGUGUGGGGGACGCGCCAGUCUCCAAGCCCAGCCAAACCCGCCACACGGUUGAUGUGGAAAUCUCAGUAUGUCCCAUAUGAUGGGAUCCCUUUUAUCAAUGCAGGAAGCAGAGCCAUUGUGAUGGAAUGCCAGUAUGGGCCCAGGAGGAAAGGUUUCCAGCCCAAAAAAACUGGUGAGCCGGAAAAUGCCUCCUGCCAGCUGUACAAAGCCACUUGUCCAGCACGGAUCUAUAUUAAAAAGGUUCAAAAGUUUCCUGAGUAUAGAGUUCCUACUGACCCCAAAAUUGACAAGAAAAUCAUAAGAAUGGAGCAAGAGAAAGCUUUCAACAUGCUGAAGAAGAACUUGAUAGAUGCUGGAGGGGUCCUCAGAUGGUAUGUGCAAUUACCCACCCAGCAGGCCCACCAGUAUCACGAAAUGGAGACCUGCCUCCCUCCUUCACCAUCUGCUUUCCCCAUAUCUCCUCCUGAGGAAGAGGAAGAUGCGGUGAGAGAUGAGAACUGUACUUUACCCUCCCGACUUCACCCACAAGUAGCAGAUAAGAUCCGAGAACUGGUGUCUCAGGGAAUAGAACAAGUCUAUGCAGUGAGGAAACAACUAAGAAAGUUUGUGGAGCGAGAAUUGUUCAAGCCUGAGGAAGUGCCAGAGAGGCAUAACUUGUCCUUCUUCCCAACUGUGAAUGACAUCAAGAACCACAUCCAUGAGGUGCAGAAGUCCCUGGGAAACGGGGAGAUGGUGUAUAACUCGGAAAGCAUCCCAGCAACGCUCCAGUGGACCACAGACGGUGGGAAUGUUCUCACAGAAACAGUGACUGUUACAUUUGCCUCACCACCUACAGAGGGGAGUUUACCAGGAGACUCAAUCGCCACCAAAGUGGAAUCUAGUCCAACUGGGGAGAACUUGCCUCCAGAGACAGCUCAGCUGUUGUCCUCGCUCUCUUCACUCCAGCCCAAGAUAUUUGCACAGCUUCAGGGAUUACAGCUGCAGCCAACAUUCACCUCUGUGGAUGGAGCAACAGCACUGAUAGCAGUAAAUAACCAUUCUGCUCCCAACCCUGCAAGUCUCCUGGAUUCCAUAGGGAGUGUGAUAACCAACCACUCUCUAUUACUCAGUCAAGGACACAACCUUCACACAGGUGCCAGUCUAACCCAGAGCAACAAUGCUGCCUCCGCUAUUGGAAAUCUGCCUAUAUCAGAUCAAAAUCUGGUCACUAUGGGCCAGCUGGUAACUGUUGGAGGUGUAGAGGAUACAGGAAGCCUGGAGGGAGGGAUCCAUCAGUUUCUUUUGGGAGACGUCCAGACCAUUCCAAUACGGAUUGUAGACAACCAUCCAGGUCUUAUUGAAGAAAAUCCAGAGGGUACCAUUUGUGUGGGCCAAGUUAAACAAGAACCCAGAGAACAAGCAUUGUCUGUGGAGGCAGAUAGAAUCAGAGACUGCCAGAACUCUGCCACUAUUUAAAUCCAUGAAGGCAUUAAGGAUUUGCAACUCAGAGGACUCUAAAUGUCUUGGAAAAGAAGGCGGAUAUUCUCCAAACAAUGCCAUUCUUCAAAAUGGCAUUGUGACAGUCAGUAUAGGCACCAUACACUAGUUCUGACAGACAGCUGCUUUGAUUUACAGCUGAUACGGUUCACUGCCAAUUCCAGGUCAUUCAGUUCCCAUGUGGAACACCUCCUCCUUCUUCCCUUCCAUGCUAUCCAGAUGGUCUAUUUUGCUCAGUAUUUCAGUAGGUCUUCCAAAAUGAAAUCCCUGAGUUUUAUAAUAUGAAUCAGAAUGCUACUCUCACUAAUCUCUGUGAAACCCUCACCUAUCCUGGUACUCCAAAGACAACGGAAUCUGCCCUUAAAUGCAUCAACAAUGGCAGUCAUUUUGAGAGAAAAAUAAAGUCUUUGGAAAUCAAGAUGCAGAACUUUAAAAGUGCCAAGGGCAAUGGAUGCAUGAAAAAUGUGGACUGCAUCUGAUAGGAAUGUUAGUGAUGGAAAGGUGAAAUUGCCAGGUGAAAAUAAAACUGGGUUAUGGAACUGGAGUAGAUGGAAUGCAGAGUAGAAGAGGAUUAUGUUUUGAUGCAUUUAACAUUCUGGCUUUAUCAUGGGGUUUACUUUCUCAACCUGCAGCCUUUAUAUUGAAAGGGCAGCAGCCAGCUGGUCAUAAUGACUAAAAGCAACAGUUGCAUCUCCUGUGGAAAGAUUGGUGGUAGUGUUUUAGCUUACUUCCCUCUUUGUGCACUUAUACUUUACAUUCACGUAGGCAUAUGAUUUAAUAUGCUGAUGGUCAUGGCAUAGGUAUUAGUGAUACCAUGAUUAAAAACAAUAUUCCAAAUCUGAGCCAUCUGCUAUGUUGAGAUAAGCGGUAGAAAAACAAACAACAUACAGAGGUGCUGUCUUUGUGGUGGUCAGAAAAUAAAUGGGUCUCAAGUUUUGCCUAAGACAGCUGUUAGGACUGAACAAGGAUCUAUGUUGUUUCUCGUCAGUUACAUUUCAGGAGCUAAUUGAAUUAAUGCCAGAGGAAUUUUUUUUUUUCUGCAUCAUCGUUAAAGUCAAGUCCAUAACAAGCAGCAAGAACUGAGUUAUAUUUUAUGUGCCAGGCAGAAUUCGUAAUGAAUGACUCAUACUUACAAAUAUUUUAAAAUCAGUUUUAAGCAAUAAAGGAAAUAAAACUGAUACAACAUAACUAGCAAAUUAAAUAACAGUAGGUUUGCUUCAGAUGUUGUUUAUAGCAGCAUUCAGAACCACUAUAGGUUCAGUUCUUCCAGCAUAUGCAUUAUUAACCCGUAUUUCCAGGGAUUGAUAACUCAGCGAUAACAAUUCACUCUUGUUUAUAUGACUUGCAGGAUCAGUUUGGCUAUGGUUUUACUUACAGAUUUGCAAAGGAAAAAUUAUUACAAGUAUUAUUUGUGCAUAUAAAGGAUAAAAACGGUUCAGAUCAAUAUUAUUAAUGUGCGUUUAAAGCGUGCACAAACAUCUUUAAAUAUUAGAAAUCUGAAAUAAUCUUGAAUUGCUUACUUUUGUGCACUUAAAGCUAAAGAUCCUUGAAAUCUCCCAUUGUGUUUAGGAUCUCCAAAUAUCUUUACAUGCUGCAUCAGUUAAGGUCUUACCUCUAAAAAGCUUUACUCCAGUAAGUAUUCCUAAUACUGUUAAUGCUGUUAAAAUCUAAUUUUUGUGGUUUAAAUGGUUUAAAUUGGGAUGUUAUUACAGGGACUGCUCUUUUUAAGUAAGAGCCAGCAUUACUUCAUGUGGGCAGUUAUAGAAUCUCAAGUUGUGUGGGGUCUCAUAGAUUGCAUUUGAACUCAUUUCAUUUGUGGUUUGCCUUAUACAAUUCUGUGUAGGUAAAUUCAGUGAUAUGCUGUGCAUUUUAUAUUUCCGUUAAAGUUGUGGCGUCUCAUGUAGAAUGGAUGUUUGGUCCUGCUUCAUUUAUAGCCCUGGAGUGCACAGCAUACAGGAUAAUCUUUUUCUUUAAAAUUCUGUCAGCAGUAUGUUAGCAGUUGAUUCUUCCUCCCACUCAGCUACUGUUGAAUAUCAUUUAGCUUUUCCUGCUACUCUUACAAUUUCAGUUGGUACAUUCCAAGAUAAAUCACCCUCCUCAGUAUUCUGUGAUAUUGACAUUGAAAUCUUGAUUCAGAACAGCAAAUUAGUAUUAAAAAUUACCAGUGACAGGUUUAAAAGAAUUCUAGAUUCCUGAUUCAUGUAAAAAUCGAAGGCAAAAAUUUUGCAGUGAUUAAAUACCCAUCAAUUGUUGCUUAUUUCCCCAGUGACAAUGUUGAGGAAGGACUAUUCUUUUGCCAGUUACUAUUUCUCCUAAUAUAACACGUGAUCUGAUUAUACACUAAGCAGGAGAAAAUUCAAAGGAUAUAGACUUUACUCUUCGUGAAUACAGGCUGCUAAAGGAAAAGCUCCUUUAGGCCAUUUUGAAUAGCAGACUAAGGAGUGACUUUUCCCAAUCUAGCUUGAAUUGCACAGUUCCCUGAAAAGAAUAGAACCAGAAGUUUUUUGUCAAGAGGGUGCAGAUAGAGAUAAAUUUAAAGGGGUCAGUUAUGGAGUGAAAGAAAUUACAUAUAAAUGUAAAAGUUUUAAUCUCUGGUUUUUGCCGUCCCAUUUCUCCUGUUUUUUAUUUAUAGAACAUUGUAAAAUAAUUGAUUUUAUUUUAAAUAUUUCUGUGGCUGAUACUCAAAUUGUAGUUUCAAAAUUAACUUCAAAUUCUUUAAAUUCUAAUUCUUUUCCGUCUAAAUGUAUACUCUGGUUAUGUCACUGUUGUUUUUGGAUGGAGCGUAGUCUUUCCUCUUACAAAGUUAUGUUUACGCUACAUGUGUUAUGUUUCACACAAUCUGAAGUGAUCUGGACACAUAGGCCCACUUGUACUCAAAUUGGUGUUUUGGUUCGCUAGGUUCCAACUGAAGGUUACAGAUAAAAGGCCCGAUUCUCCUCUCAUGCACAUGUAUAAACUACAUUGAUUUCAUUGUAGUUACAUCAGUGUUAAACUAGUGUGAGUGAAAGAAGAAUUGAGCACAGUGUUGUUCUGAGUAUGUUGCAUAGUCAUUUAAUUUGAGUUUACAUGUAAAACAAUUGGAUAUGAGCUCACAAUAGGCAUUAGAAACAUUUCUAAAGUUAACUCUGGCGUCCUCAAAACACUUGUUUUACAAGCCUACUAAUUCUGAGCUUCCACAGGGUUUUCAGUGAACUAAUUCUUCACCAAUCUUUCCUCCUUAUGUCAGUUGCUCACGAAGAGUGAUUGGUCUGCUUCAUAAGAAGGGCUGUGUGCAUGCAAAAACUGUUAGUUAAAAUGCAGAAAAAUCACCUAAAAGAUAUGGGUCCAUGGUUCUCGUUCAAGGCUGGAAACCAGCAAGGCUUUUUCUUUUUGUGCUGUCAAGACACAAGCUUGAUGGUGUGCUGAAGAAUGUUUCAGUUUGUACAAAGUUUGAAGAGAGACAAAUCUAUAUAUAUUGUAACUUAAUGUAUAGUGUUCCUUGUUGAAAUGUAAACUUUUUUUUUUUUU